CAUCCACCGCCAGCCGCCUGUCUGCCUGACUGAGACUAGAGCGCCUACAACCUAAACAAGCCAGUAAGCUAGUCCUAGUUCACCAGCCAGCUUACUGUACUGGCAGAGCUGUUGUGUUUAGAAAACAUAUUGUUAGUAACAGCCAGCUAAACUAUCCAUUGCCCGGCAAUGGCUGCAAUUCGAAAAAAGCUGGUCAUAGUGGGAGAUGGAGCUUGUGGAAAGACGUGUCUUCUCAUUGUGUUCAGUAAAGACCAGUUCCCAGAGGUCUAUGUGCCCACCGUCUUUGAGAACUACGUUGCUGACAUAGAAGUUGAUAGCAAACAGGUUGAGUUGGCACUGUGGGAUACAGCAGGCCAGGAGGACUAUGAUAGGCUGCGCCCACUCUCGUACCCCGACACUGAUGUCAUCCUCAUGUGCUUCUCCGUCGACAGCCCUGACAGUUUGGAGAACAUCCCAGAGAAAUGGACUCCAGAGGUCAAACACUUCUGCCCCAACGUUCCUAUAAUCCUAGUUGGCAACAAGAAGGAUCUACGAAAUGACGACCACACCCGUCGGGAACUUGCCAAGAUGAAGCAGGAGCCUGUGAAGCCGGAGGAGGGGCGCGACAUGGCAAACAGAAUCAGUGCCUUCGGAUACAUGGAGUGCUCUGCAAAAACAAAGGAUGGUGUGAGGGAAGUGUUUGAAAUGGCCACCAGGGCAGCACUGCAGGCACGGCGGGGCAAGAGGAACAGUAAAUGCCUUUUACUGUAAAAACAAAAACAAAAACGGAAGUGUGAUACCCGCUUCGACGUGGGAGGCAGGGGGAUUGACAGGAGACGAACGACUAAGUCUACUCCUCACAUCGAGACUGUGCUUAACACCAGUUUUUUUUGCUAAAGGUGUAAUGCUUUUUAAUUUCUGUCUUAAACAAGGUAGUCAGUUUUGUCAGUAUUCAAUUAUAAAGGUUAUGGAUUUUUUUAAUGUACUUUUAACAUGAGUAAAUUUGCCAUAUCAACUCCUCCCAAGUUGUAAGAUAAGUGAUCAGCCAAGGGCCAUAUGUCAUACCUGCCAAUUACAUGAGCCCAUACACUGUGACCUAUAGUUAGUUUAAUUAAAUGGCGGAGCACAUGAAGUCACAAAGAAUGCGCUUCAGGCAUAACACCAUGUAUUCCCAUGCAGAGACUGAAAACUCAAUUUGUUAAAACACAAAAGGAAACUUGGUAACUUUGUGAAAUAAAUAACUUUGUAAGAACUUG